UAUCCCUGUGGUGUUGAAUCAUGGGUACUGGGCUGUGCUCUGUACCUGGGCCUGGGUUGUGUCAAACAUCCUCAGUUCUUUCUAGACUUUCUGGAUCCGAUGUACACCAGAUUCAAUUGCGUAUAUUUGUGGACUUUGGAGAGGAAAGGAAUCAUUACUAUAACGUCGGGUGUAUUCCAGCCUCCCUGUGUUCCUAGGAUACGCUCCGGAUCCUCCUGCUCGGGAUAAAGCUCUUACUAAAAUCUUCUUGUUCGAAUUAGCCCCAGUUUUUGACCAAUGGAGAUGAGUAAUGACAGCAAUAAUUCACAGUUUUUUAAUGGAAAUGCCUCCAUAGCUAAAAAUACAGGGUGCCACCACAUGCCUGAGGUCAUCCUCUUCUACAUGACCAUGCAGUUUAUUAACAUGUUCAUGGGCAUCCCAGCCAACAUCAUGGUCCUUUGGCUGAUCCGCCACAACCGGCACGACUCGUCCACUUCGGACAUAUUCAUUUGGCACCUGGCUGUCCUGGACACCUGCUUCUGCCUCAUCCCACCACUGGAGCUGGCCGUCCAACUGUACCUGACUGCCAGCAGCCCUUGGUACGUGCUGCGCUUCUUCUAUGGCAUCAAGGACUCGUCUCCACUCUUCCUGGCAUGUAUCUGUCUAGACCGCUACAUGGCCGUGUGCCAUCCCAUCAUCUUCUCCAACCUGAAGGAUCAGAGCCAUCGUCCUGUGUGCGCCGGUGUCGUGUGGUUCGUUGCGCUAGUGUACGCCGUACUGAAGUGUGUGGGCACCAUCCCCAACUUUGAGAAAGUCUUUACAGUCAUGAUCCUGGCCACGUUCCUUUUCAUGCUUUUCUGCAACAUUUCCAUACUAUGGGUGCUCAGACAAUCAGGUCCAGGCAAAGACGACAUGCACCCGGUCAAGAAAAAAGCUUUCAAGAUGGUGCUGAUUAUUUUAGCCAUUAUAGUUUUUAACUAUUUUCCUCCCGUUGCGCUCUUCCCAUUUCAGAACUAUUUCUCUCCCUAUGUGUUUAAAUGUUAUAUCCAUUACAUAGCUUUCGGCUUCAUGGACAUCAGCAGCAGCAUCCAGCCCGUCCUUUACCUGUCCAAUAAGAGGCCGCAAUGUCCAGCGUGGUGUUGUGUGGGCUGCAACACUCAAGACAGAGAGACUGGAAAAACAAGCGAGUGCUCCACAGUGUAUACUACAAAUAAAUAAAUGGGGAGGAAAAAUUUUCAUACAAUUAACAUUUUUCACCCAAAAGGUAAAUUUUUUCAUGGAGCAUGUGACCCCAGAAUGUAAAAAUUAUUUGAUCAUGUGUGAAAUGGAUUUAUUUAGGUGAGAAAGUAUAGAAAAACAUAUUGACAUGCAAAUAAAUAAAUCGUAGCGCAAAAAGUACUUACUGUAAACUUGUGACAAUGUAAAUAAUAUAAUAUGCUGACAAUUAUCUAUGAAACUCUAAUUCUAAAAAUGUAAAUAAAACAAAUUACUUUUGUUUAAAAAAAAGUGCAAAAUUAUGAACAAAAUAAAGUGAGAAUUU